UUUUUUUUUUUUUUUUUUUUUUUUUUAUAAUGGUAAAUUUUAGUCACAUUGGAAUUUUAGUUUGGUUACAUCUGCACAUACUUGUAAAACUAACUCCUCUGUAAAGUAAAUUCUAUAAGUACUAACUGAAACUCUGAAGUGUUUUUGCACUUUUUCUUUCUUUUUUUUAUGGUAUUAGUUACACUUCAAGAGAAAAGGUUUGGUGUGUCUGUGUGUGUGUCUGUGUGAGGGAGAGGAGAAGGGGGAGGGGGAGGGAGGGGGAGAGAGGGAAUUUCUAUAGAGCAUCUGUGGGGAAGGGGGAAGAGAGAGGGGGAGGGGGAGGAGGAGUGGGAGAGGGAGAGAGGGAGAGAGGGAAUUUCUUUUUUCUUUCUUUUUUUUUUUUUUUUUUUUUGGUUUUUCCAGACAGGGUUUCUCUGUGUAACCCUGGCUGUCCUGGAACUCACUCUGUAGACCAGGCUGGCCUCGAACUCAGAAAUCCACCUGCCUCUGCCUCCCAAGUGCUGGGAUCAAAGGUGUGCGCCACCAAGCCGGGCGAGAGGGAAUUUCUAUAGAGCAUCUUUUCAAACAGGCUUAAGGAAAUCUUUACUCUUUAGUGGUUAGGUUCUUCAGCUUGUGGGCAACAAUGAUGAAAUUUCCAGCCAGUUGUCCAGAAUUUUUAUUUCUUUUUGUUUGUUUGUUUGUUUGUAUUUUGAGACAGGGUUUCUCUGUGUAGCCCCGGCUGUCCUUGAACUCAGAAAUCCGCCUGCCUCUGCCUCCCAAGUGCUGGGACUAAAGGCGUGUGCCACCAUGCCUGGCUUGAAUUUUUAUUUCUUUAAACCAAAUAUUUUCUCCUUUUGGAAAGAAACCAUGUUUUCUUUCCCAAAGUUACCAUUAACAUGAGGAUUCUUUGACAGGCCAAUAUUCUGUUACCAAGUAUCAUCAUGUUUUUAUUACUACAUGUGAAGGGUAGCUAUUAUUAUUAUAUUUUUCUUGUAUAUGAGAAUGGUGCUCUAGUCAAGUUAGCAUAAUAAAGUAUAAUAGCUGUUAACUUAUCUGGCUUAUUUUCUCUUACUUAUCUGGCUUAUUUUCUCUUAUUUGAGCUUUGCUAGUCAGUUUACUAGUAUCCCAUUUUAGUAAUUUUUGUAAAGAUGAAUUUGAACUUGUGAUUGACUCUUUAGAAUGAGGACUAAGAGCGUUCACUUCCUGUUUAUGCCUGUAAGUCGGUUGUUUACUGAAAACACUCGAGCGUUGUAUGCUGACUUUGUUAAUGUUUGUUAAUGUCAGUGGAGAAAUCCUACCUCAGAGUCUUAGUGUACUUGACACUUAGUGCUCUGCAUUAUUUCUACUUCUGUGGAUCAAAACCUGGGUGUUCAAGGCAAGCCCUCUCCCACUGAACUAUUCCUUUAGCCUGUAGGUCUGAGAUAUCACAAUAACUGAUUUCUCAGUAGGAUAGUACGUGUUUGCAAUUAUGCUGGAGACUCUGAUUAGCCUGAGUCCAUGCAUAGAGUUCAUGCAUGCUGUCUGUGCCAUCGCAGUGAAUACUUCUAUGUGAUUUAAUAUUUCAUAACUUACUAGCCAAAACAUUUAUUUGCUGAGCAUAAUAGCAGCAAUUUAGCUUGGUAAACUUGUUAUGUGUGUGCACUUGUUAGCUUGAAUUAACUAAUAAUGUUUAAGAGUAAUAAGAGCCUUUGGUGAAAUGGAUUACAGUAAUAUUGGCAGACAGUACUAUGGAGUUAGGUUUAGUUAAUGAGGAUAACUUUAUUGGGAACAUUAUCUUCAUAGUAAUUCUUGGAGGAACGUAAGUUAAGAAGUAGCGCUAUUGGAGAAAGCUUAGCAUGUAGCACACUCUUUUUGAAGUUUUUGAGGCAAAGAUUCCAUGUGCCAGCAUUCUGUCACUUAAACAGUAUACAUGAAAUAAUCUAAUGAUAAAGAGGAGAGGUUUAUUUUGCCUCAUGACUGCUUUAAGUCUAUGGAGGCAUAUCAUAUAGCAUGAGUGCCUUAGUGUUACUAUUGCUGUGAUGAAACACCAUGACCAAAGCACCUUGGAGAGGAAAGGGUUUAUUCUUAGCCUUUGCUUCUAUAUCCCUGUUCAUCAUUGAAGGAAACCAGGACAGGAAGUCAAAUGGCAGGAACCCAGAGGCAGGAGCAGAGGCGGUGGAGGCGUGUUACUUACUGGCUUGCUCCUCCUGGCUUGUACAGCCUGCUUUUUCAUAUAUACCUGGGCAACCUGCCAGAGGGUUGGCAUCACACUUCUAGAGCUUGCCUGGGGGGCUAUCCAGCCUGACCUUUGAUGCCCUUCUGCUAUGAACCGCUGAGAAGAGUUCUCAAGUGCUCAGUUGUAGUGUUUUCUCAUUAUCUUUUUCUGUGUCAUUGAGAGAUAUGUUUGGAAAUAAAAUGUUUGUUGCAGGGUCAGUCUGUGGUAUGAUAUGUAUAAUUUUCAUUACACUGUAGACUGUGAUUUCUAUGAUCCUGUGUCUCUCUGGUACACGGCAGCACUUCAGGAUGUAGUCUGAACUCUCAGCAGUGACUGCAAUCCCUGGCCAGUUCUCUAGCCUGUUCCAUCCAUUACUAUUUUCAUAUGUGCUUUUCUAUUUCUUUUGCACGUCUUUCCUUUCUGGCCCAUACCUAAGCUGGGGCUAGGCCAGCUACCUUGAAUUCUCUUCCUUCUAAUCAUAGUGAAGAAGUUACUAUGUGAAUGUACCUUCUUUAAUUGAAGCAGAUCUCCCACUUUGAUGUGCCUCAGAAUUGUGAAGUGCCUUUUCAACUGAGAGUGUCAGGCCUCGUCACAGACAGCAGAGUCAAGCAGAUUCACAUCUUUUUAGUAGUUUUGUUGAUUCCUGUGACAUGAGAGUUCAGAGUCCAAUAGAAGUCCAGAUGGUUUGAGUGACAUUGCUAAAGACCUGGUUUUGUUCUUUUUCCUAAGAAGUCUUCUCUGAGUCUACUCAGUCCUCAGGGUUCAGUCUGUCUUGGUUUUUACCACUAAUACUUGUUGGGUGCUUGUUUCUAGAACCUGAGAGGAGGAGCAGAGCUUCUAGAGAAGGACUGCCAGUCCAUUCUUGUCAUUCAUUGUCCCCAUCCAUGCUCAUCUGUCUUUGAGGCAAUACGAUGUCAGGAACAGGGUUAUAAUUAUUUAGUUUGAAUCACCUGCCUGACUUUUAGAGCCAGAUGGGCACAGAUGUUCUUAGUGGGUAAGCAUGAAAGUUGGGAUAUGAGUAUGUUGGUGUUGGCUACACACACAGAAAUGCAGGUAGUGAAGACGAGGAGGGAGGCGUUGUUUAUUGUAGAGAGCCACAAAAUUCACUAGAGUAGUCUUGCCAGAGUUGCAUGCUUCUGUAGGUAGUUAUUCAAUUAAUAUUGAUCUGGAUAUUAGGCUGAAGAUCUGAGGAUAGGUACUGUCUCUGAUUAUCAUCUUUCCCCCAAUACUUUAUAUUUAGCUUUGCACAUAGUGUUUGAUUAAUGAACAUCAGUGGUUGAAUGAACUAAUUCAUCUGAAUUCUUUAAGUUGGCUCACCUGUGAAAAUUAGCAGAUGAGUCCAACAAACUGUUAGUUGACUGUGAAUUUGACAGAGUUUAAUUGCUUCCUCCUGACCAUUGCCUGGCUCCUAAAAAUGAAUGGUUUUAGGCAGUCAUGGUUUUUCAACUCCCCACCCCAUCAAGUCACCUACUUCCUCCAGUUUGCCCUCAUCUCUCUUUUUUUAAAUUAAUUAAUUAGUUAUUUAUUUUUUAGUUAGAUAUUUUCUUUAUUUACAUUUCAAAUGUUAUCCCCUUUCCUAGUUUCCUCUCAGAAAAUCCCCUUCCCCCUUUCCCCUUCCCCUGCUCCCCAACCCACUCACUCCCACCUCCUGGCCCUGGCCUUCCCCUAUACUGGGGCAUAGAACCUUCACAAGACCAAGGACUUCUCCUCCCAUUGAUGGCCGACUAAGACUCCCAAGUGCCCCAAACAGCACCACCAGCUGUGGGCCAGCUGUCCCAAGCUAUAAGCCUAUGGGGGAACAUUUUACUCUCAAACCAUAACAGUGUUAUACAUAAAUUUGUUAUAAGUAAACAAACGUGAGUGUUCUUGCUUCAGCUUUUUAAAGUUUUGAUUUAGAAUUUGUUGCUACAUAUUUUGAGGUAGUCUUUGCUACUUAGGAAGUUUUAGGAUAUUUUCAUGUAUUUGUUUUGUAGAAAUCUGUUAUGUAUAAAUGUGGACUAAGAUUCUUUUCCCUUAAGAAUGUAUACAAAAGCCUCUCUAGAACAAUCACUCAUCUCUCACAGUCUUCACUUGAUUGAGGAUCACUUAGAUUAAAUGUCAUGUGUUGCGUGACUGUUACUGGGUUGUAAUUUAAGUCACACCUCAUGGUUUCAUUAUGUCUUCUAACACUCGAUUCUCUCCCUUGGCUUUAUGACUUAAAAUUAUAUGUCUGUAUAAUGAUAGGUAAUUAGUGUCACAAAGACUUGCUGAAGAAUCCUGAUAUUUACUGCUAAUAAGCCGGAAGCUUUGCUGUGCUGAAUAUCUGUGCCUUGGACGCUAGGAGUUUAUUAAAGGGGUGGGCAUGCAGAUGACUUUGCGAGGUACAGAGGUGACUUUAAGGGGUACACGGAAUUUUAUGGGUAACUGAAAGUUUUAUUGAUUUUUGAAAUAAUACAUUGGCCAUAAGACUAGCUGCAAAGGUAUUUGAGGAUCAAAUGGUUGGGCAAACAGUUAUUGCAUACAAAUCCUUACAUUCUAAUAGUGUCUUGGGAUAGAUAGUUCUUGUUACCAAGCAUAUGGCCUUAAGGAUCCUGACCUUCAAAAACUUUCCAGCUUUAUUAAUUUUGUUUUUUGGCAGGGUUGGACACAAGCAACUCUAUUUUGAACCUAUCUAGUCUUAUACUAGUUAAGUGUUGAUUUCUUACAUAAGUGUUAAUCCCAGGACAGAAGGCCAUGUCUAUUUUGCUCAUCACUGUAAUCAUAACAUAGAUGUUCAGUAAACAUUUGGUGAAUGAGUGAAGAAAAGAAUCCUCAAGUCUUUAGAUUCUGUGUCUUUUGUCUGUGUCUUUUGUAGUAACAUGUGCUGUUUCUCAGUGUCAUAGAGUUUGUUCACUGGCCUCUGUUAUAGCCCUGCUUUUCCAGAGGUCAUUUCCUAGCAACCACAUGGUGGCUCAAAACCAUCUGUAAUGGGAUCUGCCACCCUCUUCUGGUGUGUCUGAAGAAAGCUACAUAGUGUAUUCAUAUAAAAAUAAAUAAAUCUUUAAAAAAUAAUCAUGUUGGACUCUGGCAUGUACCUCAGUUGUCUUAGAGACACAAACAUGUCCAUACAGUUUGAUCCUGGAAUUAUUCUUAACAGUUAGACUCUUCAUCUGCAAGCCUUUGUCUCUGAAGGCACUGUGAAACCAGCUCUCCAUUCUCAUAAGAGAGAGCCAUAAUUUAUUUUGUUUGCAGAGACAGAAGAAUUUUAAGAAUUCAGAAUUGAUAUCUAAAUUGCCUUAUCAUGUCUUUAUUUCUCCAGAGAGUGGCUUCGUCCUCACCAUCGCCAUGGGCUACCUAGAGGCUUGAAAGGUUUUAUCCAAAGCCUUGCAAAGUACAGUUAUUCGAUGGCCUGCAGUAUUUCCAAUUGCUGUGGUUUUGUUCAUCGAGCGGCAGGUGUUGGGGCUCAGUAAAAGGGAUUCUUUGCUUCAGGGCUGACCCUCUGUGCAUGGUCAGCCGGUUGAACUCAGGUAUUGGGGUGCUGGUCUACUUCCAUCAUUUCAUGUAAUACAGGAGCUGUGGCUGUGCAGUUAUGGCCAAUCACAGUCUUAUUGUUGGGGAUUCCUUGAGAUAGAUUGUGAAUUGUUACAGAAACAUCACAGAGUAACCAAGCGUUUGUGGUAGCACUGAGCAGCCUGACAUAGAAGUUUCAGGGUUUUUCCCUUGCAGCUUUGCAGCCUGGGCUUGGGAAGGGGCCUAUUGCUGUCUUUCCUGGGCUGACUCAGGGUGUCCAGUUCAGGGUGCCCCCUCCAAAGCAAAAUGAUUACAUGUCAGUGUAAUAUGGCCUGAAGCUUCAGGUAGAAAUUUUCCUGAUGGUCACUGACAACUUUUAGGGGUCUUUCUUUGCAAGGGUUACCAGACAUUGAUAAAUCUGACAGAGACUGUCUCUCAUACCAGGUAAAUAAAGCAGAUAUUUUUACCCAAAUUUUGGCAAAAAUAAAACCAGAAACCUAUCCUGAAGCUUAGAGACUUUAAAUAGUAGCAAGUUCAGGUGAUACUGAUAUCUGAACUGAAGAUGUUGAUCCCCCAAAUGCUUGCAUUUUCUAUAUACUAAUUUACAUUUACUGCUUUUUUUUUUUUUUUUUUUUUUAAUAUUUCUACCCUGGGUGAGCAUUCCUUUCCGUCUCCUUUGUUGUCUGAGGGUUGUCUGUUCUGCAUUCUCUUUGGUUCUGUGUUUCAAAAGUUAGAGUUGGUGUGCAUGUCUGUCAGAGUGACUACAGUGAGUGAUUAUCCCUGCACACAGCACAUGUGGUGAGCCUUUCUUCAGUAGUGGACGAGAAGGAACUGUGGUUUUCUAGUUUGGUGGGGGUCCCUCCUAGCCUUUUUUUUCCCUAUUUGGUAUCAUGUUCUCCUCCUUCCCCAACCUCCCUUCCACCCCCCACGCCAUGUUUAGCUCCUGCAACAUUUGGAAAAUUGAUGGGAGUUUUAAAAGAUUCCUGGCUUGGCAGUGGUGGCUCUUGGGAGGCAGAGGCAGGUUGAUCUCUGUGUGUUUAAGGCCAGCCUCGUCCACAGAGGGAGUAGAGGCCAUCUGGGGCUCCACAGAAAAACCCUGGCUCAAAACCAAACCAAAACAACACAACACAAACAAAAAAGAUCCCUGGUCUUUCCAGCUCAGUCAUUUGGCAUAGUGGUUUCCAGUCGGUGUGGGAGCAAGGGAGAAUCGAACUACUUUUAUCAGUUCUUUAGUACAGCAAGAAGGGCUUGUGUGAAUUCUUGUGUGCCCCAGAGCUACCUGUUAACAGUUUCUAACACAGGAAUGUCAUCCCAUUUUUCAAACACGAAGCUACCAUAGUGAUGUGAUUCAUUAGUGUUCCAUGUAGUCGAGUUUCAUGCUGUUUGUUGAAAUUAUAUGUCUGGUCUUAAGAGCGGUGGAUCUGUUUCAGAGUUAAAACGUACUUUUACCCUAGACUAGAAUAGCCUGGGAGCCCCAUGGUUUCUUCCUAAUCAAGGAAGAGCAGCUCUGCCUCUUAAGCCUCAUAGUUCCCAGCUGGCCUGAUAGUUCCUUGGCUUCAGGGCUUCUUCUUAGCCCCUCACUAACGUGGCAGAAGCACGUUCUCUCAGUCUGUACUAAUUUCAGGGAUCAGGCCAUCUUUGGCUCGCAUCCUUGGUAAUAUAGGCAAUCAGUAAACUGUCUUGCAUCGAAUGCAGCUUCAAUUUUGUUCAUGUGCUGGACAACAUUAGGAUACAUGUAGAAGUAAGUUAGUAACUGUACUUUGCAUUGGAUUCAGUAGUUAUUUUCAUCGCCUUCCACAAAUAUUUGCCAAUUAGUCCGUAAUUUAGUAGUCAGUUCAUGAUUUAGUUCUAUUUUUUGUGUUUUGAUGUCUUUCAUUUAGCAGAAUUCUUGUAUUUAGGUAAUGUGAAGUGUGUGUGAUUCUGCCUGGGUAGUUCAGCUGUUUCUGCUUCUCUAUGGUCCUGGUUGAAAACUUACCAGCUCAGCUCCCUAUGUACUAAGGAGACUACUUUUGGCUUAUUAAGCACCAGUUGCUAGGGAGCUGUUUGUGGCGCCAUAUUUGAUGUUCCUGACAAUAAACGGUAGAUAGAGCCAGGAUUUGAAGUCAAACAUGGAUUGAGCUGACUUCUUAGCAGUCUCCAUGUUGAGCAUUUCUCUUACUGUGUCCUGAUAUUUCACCAGACUGUGCUCCGCACUCUCUACUAGGACUUAAGGUCUGUUGGUCUUCCCAUAUGUGCAUUUCACUGAAUCCUCCUCUUAGCUUCCCUUCUCUCUAUACCAAGCUUAGAUUCUGUGUUACUUGUCUUGAUGCUGUGACAGAAUGCCUGAUUAAAAACACCAUUAUGAAGGAUGGGUUUAUUGUGGCUAAUGUUUUAGGGAAACAGUCCAUCAACAUGAUCACCUUGCUUCAGUAAGGAAGCAGAGAGCAAGGAAUGCUUUUGCUUGACUAGCUUUCUCCUUUCUUCCACUCUGGGACCGCAGCUGGUGGGAUGCUACCAGUCACAUUAGAGGUAGGCCUUUCUAUUUUAGUUAACCUAAUCUAGGUAGUACUUCACAGACAUGUCCAGUGAUUUGUUUUUAUGGUGGUUUUAAAUGUCAUCAAGUUGACAAUCAAGAGCAAUCAUUGUGUGGCCACUGAUUUUAAAUAGCUUCCUAACAGUCCUUAGACCAAUGCAGCUCUCAGUUCUAGUUAUUAGCGUCCUCUGCUUUGUUCCCAUGCAUUUGCUGGCAGGCUUGAUUGCCAUGUACGGACGAUAACUUGUGGGUGUAUCUGUAUGUCUGUCUUCCUGGAUCCUUACCAUAAUAUUUCUGUUUGUCAUUUGUCAAUAUUGUGAUUCUUAUGUUGAGCACACACCCCUGAGAUGCUUGUCAAAUACAACUAACCACUCCAGUGUCUGUUUAAAAUUUCACUUAGUGGGUAGGGUAUAAUACUGUCCUUAUUGAAACUUGGAUCUUACCCAUGCCUUCUCCCAAGGACCAUUUCCCAUGCCCCUAGCCAUGGGAACUUGUGGUGGCAUAUCUUUAUUUUGUAUUGUUCUGUUUGGAGCUUUCCUUCUCUGCUUAUUUGGACUGCUUACCACUGAGAGCCCUGCCAAGAUUAGGGGAGGAGAGUAAAGGGAUUCAGUGGCUCUGUGUUAGCUGGGUGAAUUAGUCCUCUAGGAGUUUAACAGACAUUUUCCUGGGCUUUUCCAAAACCCAAAGAAAGCCGAACUUGGUCCUUUCAACUCCAUCUUCCUUGAAUGAACUAAUUCCUCUUUGAUCUGUUGUGUCCUCCUUCUUUGCUUCUGGCCCAUCAUCUGAGGUACUUGCACGGAAGGCCUGUUCUUGGUGUCCUUUCACUUGUCAGUGUGCUGCCUUGGGAAAACUGUUGCUCAGGCCAGGCAGUAUGCCAUGCUUCCUGCAGCCCAUGAGCCAGAUGGUGCCCCACUGCACACAGCCACAGGGAUGUCUUCAACAAGUCAUGUGUACAUGCUAUUGGCUUGUUUCUGCUUUCUGUGCCACCUGGGUGCACAUUCAUGCUUUAUCUCACUGCAUGGAACACACACUGGCUCCUGACUAGGACUGCCCUUCUGUAUUAUUCUGUGAGGAGGCUGCCUGAUUUUGGAUUCUCACAAGCAAGUGCACGGGGCUUCCAGUCUGACCUGGGAGAGUUUGUGAGAAGCUUCUAUAAUGGUCUGCUUGGCUCUCGUCAGAGCUGCCUAUGAGCACAUCUACCUGGUGAGGAAGGUCAGUCAUGCCUGCAGAUGCCAUCAACAUCGGGCUUGGAGCUCAAAGCCAGCUGCAUCACAGUCUGCUGUCCAGGGUGCUCCAGGCAGUGUGCUGGAGAUACUUGGUAAAUCCUACCCUCAGGAUGACCACACUAACCUCACCCAGAAGGUCCUUUCCAAGGUGGGCAGGAACCUGCACAACCAGAAGUUCCACCCUCUGUGGCUGAUUAAGGAGCGGGUGAAGGAGCACUUCUACCAGCAGUAUAUGGUGCGAUCCAGGACACCUCUAUUCUCCGUCUAUGACCAGCUUCCUCCAGUGGUCACCACCUGGCAGAACUUUGAUAGCCUGCUAAUCCCAGCUGACCACCCCAGCAGGAAAAAGGGGGACAACUAUUACUUGAAUCGGGCACACAUGCUGAGAGCACACACAUCAGCGCAUCAGUGGGACUUGCUGCAUGCGGGACUUAAUGCCUUCCUUGUGGUAGGUGACGUGUAUCGUCGUGACCAGAUUGAUUGCCAGCACUACCCAGUUUUCCACCAGCUGGAGGGUGUCCGGCUCUUCUCCAAGCAUGAGGAUUGCACCGCCAGUCAGAGGUAGAACUCAGCUGGAAGACAGGUUUCCUCAGUCCAGAGCUUCACCUACUAUGUUCUGCUGAUGUCUGUGCUUGUCAGUGCCUCUCGUUUAUGAUUCAAGUUAUUUGCUGGCGUAAAGGAUGGAGAAAGCUUGCAGCUCUUUGAAGAAGGUUCUCGCUCUGCUCAUAAGCAGGAGACACACACCAUGGAGGCUGUGAAGCUUGUGGAGUUCGACCUUAAACAAGUACUGACUAGGCUUGUGACACAUCUUUUUGGAGAUGGGCUGGAGGUUCGGUGGGUGGAUUGCUACUUCCCCUUCACCCACCCUUCCUUCGAGAUGGAGAUCAACUUCCGUGGAGAAUGGCUUGAAGUCCUUGGCUGCGGUGUGAUGGAGCAGCAGCUUGUCAAUUCAGCUGGUGCUCAGGAUCGAAUCGGCUGGGCGUUUGGCCUGGGAUUAGAAAGAUUGGCGAUGGUCCUCUACGACAUUCCUGACAUCCGCCUUUUCUGGAGUGAGGAUGAGCGCUUCCUGAAGCAGUUCCUCCUGUCGGACAUCAACCAGAGUGUCAAGUUUCAGCCUCUUAGCAAGUACCCCGCCGUGUUCAAUGACAUUUCAUUCUGGCUGCCCUCUGAGAACUACACGGAGAAUGAUUUCUAUGACAUCGUCCGAACAGUCGGAGGAGACCUGGUAGAAAAGGUUGAUCUUAUAGACAAGUUUGAACAUCCAAAGACACACAGGACCAGCCACUGCUACCGCAUUACCUACCGCCACAUGGAACGGACACUGUCCCAGAGAGAAGUCGGCAAUGUCCACCAGGCUGUGCAGGAGGCCGCCGUGCAGCUGCUGGGUGUGGAGGGCCGUUUCUGAUGCAGUGGCAGUCCACAGGCCACAGCCCUCAUAGAGCUCCAGGGAGCACCAGGAAGGGGGAAACACAUUGUUUGUGAACUGGAGUGUCUGCCCUCACUUGACAGAUGGGUCUACUUUAGGACGUCACGAAAUAAAGGAUCACUUUUCAGAAGCA